AUGGCAGGGCCGAGGGCAGCUAGUGGCCUUCCAUGGGAUGUGGCGUGUGCUGCUGAGAGCUAUGCAGGGGCGUGCGCCUAUGGCACAGGAGCUCGUGAGCGGCAUUCUCCCUUGCUGCCAAAGUUGUUGUCUUGGGAGGAUGCCAUUUCCAUGGCUGAAGCUACCUUGAAACUUAUGAGCCAAGAAAAAAAGACCAGCCUGUUGCAAGGCACUGGCUGGGAACCCACCAAGUGGUGGUUUGAUUUGCCCAAGUACUUCUAUGUGGGCAACACGCCAGCAAUGCCCGAGAUUGGGUUACCAAGCCUGAACAUGCAAGAUGCCACUGAUGGAUUUCGAACCUACUGGACGGAAUUGAGUGGAACUGUAACAGUAUGGCCAUCCAUUUUGGCAAUGGCAGCAACGUGGGACCCGAUUGCCGUGCAAGAUUUUGCCGUGGCCGUGGGCCAGGAAUUCCGAGGGAAAGGAGCCAAUGUGAUCCUGGGUCCGGGCGUGCAGGUUCAGCGCGUGGCGCGAAAUGGCCGAUCCUUCGAAUAUUUUGCAGGUGAUGAUCCCUACCUGGGAUCUGAGCUCACCAGGGCCUAUGUCAAGGGCGUGCAGUCGCAAGGCGUGUUGGGCAUCGUGAAGCACUGGGUUUUUAACAGCCAGGAGACGCGCAGAGGUGAAGAAAAUUCUGUGGUUGACAACAAAACAGCGCAUGAGCUCUACUUCCCACCCUUUGUGGCAGCAAUCGAAGCGGGUGUGGGCGGUGCCAUGUGCUCCUACAACAAAGUGGACGGCCAGUAUUCCUGCUCCAACAGCUACAUUUUGAAUGAUGUUUUGAAAGGCGAGCUCGGUUUCCAGGGCUUCGUUCAAUCUGACUGGUGGGCCGUCCAUGAGCCUUCCUUCGUUCAAGGCUUGGACCAAGAAAUGCCCGGACAGGCCACCGAGCUGUUCCUCAGCCCAUCCAACACCUCCCAGCACCCACAACGGGUGGACGAGGCGGCCACACGCAUCCUGGCAGCCAUGUAUAAGGUGAAUCUACACGAAACCUCCAGCUGUUCGCCCCCCAACUGCAGUGAGUGGUUCGUCCGGAACGUCACCACCUCCAGCCAUAAAGCCUUGACCAAGUCCCUUGCAACGGACUCCAUCGUGCUGCUGAAGAACGAGGAGUCCCUGCUGCCCAUCAGCAAGUCUGUCAAAAAGAUCGCCAUCAUCGGAUCGGUGGCAGACUCUGAGUCUUAUGAUCCCGCUGGAGCAACGCAGGGCCUUGGACUGCAAUGGUGGUCUGGAGAUUACUAUUCAGGAGGUGGCAGUGGCCAUUUGACCGGCAACGUCACCAGCGCCUUACAGGGCCUGAGUGCCCGGGCUGCGUUGGAAGGGAUUGAGGUCAUCGCCUCGGCGAGCGACAACCUCACGGCAGCUGAGGAAGCGGCAAGGCAAGCGGAUCUGGCGAUUGUGGUGGUUGGCGCCACCAGUGGUGAAUCCGUGGAUCGUCCAAAUCUCACCCUGGACAGGCAGGGGGAUGACCUCGUCGCAGCUGUGGCAGCGAUUUCGGGCACCAAAACCAUCGUUUUGAUGCAGAUUUGUGGUGCUGCGCUCAUGCCUUGGAGAGGUUCGGUGGGCAGCAUCCUGAGUCUAUUCCUGGGUGGCGAGGCGACGGGCCAGUCCUGGGCGGCCGUGUUGUUCGGCGACGUGUCGCCCAGUGGCAGAUUGCCGCUGAUGAUGCCGGAGACGGAGGCGGAUAGCAUCCCACCCAGCUCGGAGGACAAUGUGGUGUACAGUGAAGGGCUGGCCACCAGCUAUCGCAAUACCUCCUGGAAGGCAGCCUAUCCCUUCGGCCAUGGUUUGAGCUACUCCCAGUUCCGCUACUCAACUCCCAAGGUGGUGGAGUGCCCAUACAAGCACUUCACAUCUUCUCCAGUUCUUUGCAUCAAGUCCACGGUUGAGAACAUUGGCAGCCGGCCAUCACGUACAGUCCCCCAGCUUUAUCUGGAGUUUCCGCCGGAGGCGGAACAACCAGUCGCGAUCCUUAAGGGAUUUCAGAAAACUGCCAUCCUUCAACCUCAAGAUUCAGCAGAUGUGGUGUUCCCUCUCACUGAGCGGGACUUGUCCUUUUGGAAGGGGGGUUGGAAGAGAGUGAACCGUGCAACUGCUCAUUUGGCCUUGUCCUCUGCGAACUUUCUGGACUCAGUCCUGAUUGAGUUGCCAGAGCAGACGACCACCACGGUCUCAAGUCCGCCUUUGUCAUUGUCGCAUUCGUGGAAGGCAGCCCUGCUGCCACUCUUUGGAGCUUACGUCCUUGCCCUGUAG